AUGGUCCGAAGGAAGAAGCGAUUAGUGAAGCCUGGGCUACAAGAGUGUAACAAAUCUGGUUCUUCGUCACCUGAGCUUGGUUACCAAGGCGAAAUUAGCAGUGAAACUAACGAUGUUGUCAAUUCAAAUUGCCGCGUAACACCGAAAAAAAGGGGUCCACGUAUUACAGUCACUAACGAUGAAAAUAUUCUCAUGUACUUGGAGGACAAGAUUACCGAUGCAUUUGAAAUCGCUUUUAAUUCUGAGUGUGAGACGGAGGGAAGUAGGUAUGCAUCAGAGAUUCUGCUUGCGGCUUACAACAAAGUUGAGGAGCAAAGUAUUGACAGUAAAGCGGAAAUUAAAACAAUCUUCUUCGAAAAAUUUCGGUAUAGAUUGUCUUUCAUGGUUGAAUCACUCGUAUCGCUGGAUAAUCGAUGCAGAGUUCUUCUUUUUAUAGCAAAAUUUUCUAUUAACCUGUGGAGAGAAGGUGCCAAUGAUUUCAUAAAUUUUCUAACCGAUUUUUGUGAAACUUUGUCUCAUUGUGACGAUCCUGCAGUUCGGCAGAACGUUUGUACAUUGGUUGGGUUUUUGCUCAAAGAAUUUGGAAACCGCGAUAGCAUUGGUUGUGGUACUGAUAGUAUAUCAAUUGACCUUAGGAGGAAGCUGUAUGCUGUUCUGGUUGAACGACAACUUGACAAAGUGGUCGCUGUCCGUGCAGAAGUGGUAAGAUCGGUGGCGGAUAUCCAGGAUGAUGAGAUUCCUAAUGACUUUGUUGAAGCUAUUGAAAGAAGUCCCAAGGAUGUGAUACUGAUGGGCUUCAGAGAUGUUGCAGCUGAAUGUCGACUGACCGCUGUUCUUGGUCUCCAUGUUGUUGUCAUCGCGCAUUGCGACUAUCUUAUUGAGCUUGCCUCCUCAGAUCCAGUUGUCAAGGUUCGAGUCGCUGCUAUUCGACAACUUGCUAGCUUGCCAUUGACCUUCUUGACAGAGGAACAACGAAUGAGUUUGCUUCGUGCUGUUAUUUUUGACGAAGAUCCAUCUAUAAGGGAUGUAGUUCGAAAUGUACUGCUGUCAGAAUGGUUGUCGUUUGUUCAGCGUUUGCAAGAAAAGAGAAAUAAACGUAAAAGCGGAGUACGACGCAUGUCAAAUGGACAGUUGAGAACUAUGAAACCGGAUGUGGAAGAAAUAAACGGUGACGAACAACCACAUAUGUUUAAUGGUUUGCGGGAUAUAAAAUAUGGCCAUGGUAUGGGCUCUGCAGCUCAAGGAUUGCUUUCUAUGCUGGAUUUUUGCGACGACUCGGAGGCCGAGGAUUUAUGUCGAACGGUCUUUUUCUCACUUUUUGAUGUUGUUCGGAAAAUACUUCAUCUGGAUAAGAAGAGUUUGACUCACUUCGUCUCUUCGCUUGUCAAUGACAAGACGUUUCCGGAGGUGUUGUCAGUUCACAACUAUGAAGUCUUACUGGAUAGAAGCUUAUCAAAAACAGAUCAAGCCCAGUUUGCGUUUUUUUGGCGAGUCCUUAUAGAAUACUGCUGCAAGCGAGCUCAGUCGGAGGUGGAAUGCAUGGAAUGCAUAAAUAUGCUCGCUCCACCAAUUGAUUCAUUGUGCAACUUGGUGCAGCGGUUGAGGACUUCAGCUUUACCACCUGCGGACUCAGAGGGUGAAGAAAUGGAGGCGCCUGUAUGUGAUAUACAACAGGUUGCAGUCAUGCAUCUUUUGGGGAUCUUACGUCGUCUUGGUCGUAAAGACUUGCUGGGAAUGAAUGAAUGGAAGUCUCUUCUGUUGUCACUUCUUCGAGAUGAUUCAUUGUCGAAGGAAAUAACUGAUUGUCUUAUGGUUGAUCUAGUCGACGUAUUUUUUCAAGGGAAGCCGGAACAAUUUCUUGCAACUGUAUAUGAUGUUACCAUUGAAGUCAUUCGAUAUGCGCAAUUCUCUGAGGAUUGUAACGAGAACAACGAAUCCGCUCCAACUACAAUGAUUGUGUCGUGUUUCUCAUUCAAAGGCACUCAAGUGCAUAUUUGGGCGUUAGAAGCGUCAGGAAUUGUUGCGCUAAUUGCUGAAGAGGUGGCUGGAACAGUGCUUUUCGAGGCACUAGAUGCUUUCAAAAGUAGUGAUGAGAGCAUCAAAAUAUCGUCUAUGGACGUUGUUACCGAUUUAAUUUUGGUUUAUGGUUUUAAAGAAAUUCGAAAUUGGCAGCACAGCGAUGAUCAGAGAGAUCCGGAGUCUAUCCGCGGUUUCAUAUCUAGCCUCGCAAAAAUUGUGAAAAGCAAGGUAUCUAUUGUGUUUAAUCAAUUAGGGGAUGCAAGUACACUGCUUUGCACGAAAGCAUGUCAGUGCCUAUCUAAAAUUGUACUCGUAGAAAGCAUUGCUGACGAUGUAACCCUUUUCGCUGAUGCUGUUGCUUGUCUGAUAUCACGACUCUUCCACACCAGCAUUCGUCGACUGCCGGAGGCGAAAUCAUGUAUGGAGAAGUUUUUCGCAAUAUUCCCGUCGACUCGAAGGAGAAACCAGCUGAUAAUGGUGGCGGCAUUUCACGAACUAAUGUCAGCCAUUCGUAAGGCUUCUGAUGACGAUUUCGUUCUUUGCAUUGACAUCAUGGGCGCUCUACACCUCUUAAUUAAUACAACUCAUCCUUCUUUUUUGCACCAAGCCCCCGACAUGGAGCUGGGGUCUGUGCAAGCAGAGUUCAUGCGUGAGCUGCUUGAGUACUUGCUUAACCAUUCCGAUGACACUUGCGCAUCCCUGUAUUGGGAAACUGCAUCAUUGUUAGAUCUAGAGAGCUUCUCGUCUGCAGAUCUUAGUGAAGUGAAGGAAAUCGCACAGAAAAUCCUUGAGGAGGUCAUAGCAUGCACCGGACUCAAAAGUGCGAUGGCUAACGAAGCGCACAAAUUAAUUCGCACUGUCGAUUGCGCCUUACAUGAAAUCGAAACCCGAGAGGCAGAGGCGAGUGCAUUAAUAUUGUUGUUGUUUCCAAGUCCCUACCUUACAACAUCUCUUCUACAGGAUGCAGAGCGUGAAGACUGUCUCACUGAACUGUCUCACCGAGACAAAACCGCACGGUCAUCACGAUGUGGAAGAAGACAGACACCUGUGUCAACACGGACCACCACUCCUAUAAGUUCAUCACUGAGUACUUCCCUCAAAAGAAAAAAGGUUACAUCACGUGUGAAACGAUCCACUCAACAGCUGUUGAAUAGUGAAAGAUCUCCAUCUCCACAACCUGUUCUCUAUACUAUUGUAACUCCUACAGCACGAAGUCGUCCACAGCUAUCUCGAACUGCGAAAAGAAUAGCUGUCGGCAAGACAAGACGUUGGCUUUUUGAAAAUGACCACUGA